AUGAAUGCCGAUCUGUGGAGCCAGAAGGCAUACGCAGACUUCGGCUUCUCGAAUGCGGACCCAGACUUGCUCGACCAUAGUUACGACUUCAUGGUUGACGAGAACACGUCCAUCAUAGACCUCCGGCAGACUACCGGCAUCGGCGAUGAUGUUAAUACUACGAGUCAACCCGCACCAUCUGGACGGCGUAUGUCGGAGUCAUCCUUCUCAAUGUCGAGCGGCGGCGUGAUUGCCGAUUUCUCGACCUACGAAGAUUCGUCUGCCUCGGAAAAAUUCGCUUGCACACCUGACCACGAAGCACGGAGCAACCCUGAACGGCCCUUCUAUUCGUUUUCACCCAUGGCGUCCCCCAGGCGCUCCCCUGUCAAGAGUGCGCCGCACGUCAACCACCGUCGCGGCUCACCAUCACCACAUACCGCAAUACGAUCCUCUCCGUACAAUAUGGUCAGCGACCGUAACAAGCGGUGGUCUACUGGCAUGCACGGUCCCGUUCAAGUGCCCCUCAGCUCGCACACUCUACUCAGCGUCCAGAACCGGUUCACACCCUACACCAGGAGGCACAACUCGCAUCAUUCUUUCUCCACGUUUGCUCCGAGCCCUCUUCUGAGCGGACAGCCGCCAGCUUACAAUGCCCUCUGCUCACAACCGCAUGUGUUCCCACCAAGCUUCGUUCCGGGAUUGCCGUCCAAGCGAAUGGCGCAACCCCAGGUUUCUCAACCACUCCCUUCUCAAGGACCCUCCCACCUCCACAGCGCCGCGAAGCAGCACAACAGCUGCUCGUCACAGUUCGCCGCCCUCUCCGACGCACCCGAUCUAUACUCCUCACUGCGUCAAGAAGCGGCCAACCCUCCAGAAGAGGACAUGAACCCCUCUGACCCAAAACUCGUCCCCCAUGAGCAAGACCUCCGCUUCAUCGGUGAUCUGUACACACCGCGAUGGGUUCGCGGCCAUGGCCACAAACGCGAGGGCUGGUGCGGCCUAUGCCAACCGGGUCGAUGGCUUGUGCUCAAAAACAGUGCAUUCUGGUACGACAAGAGCUUCACUCACGGCGUUAGCGCCGCCGGCGCUCCCUUCCAAGGUCCGCUGGAGACGAGGCGGAUUGAUGGGAAUCCUGAUGCUUGGGAAGGCCUUUGUGGGAGCUGUGGUGGGUGGAUUGCGCUGAAGAGUAGUAAGAAUGGGACGACGUGGUUCAGGCAUGCUUACAAGUGUCACGUGCAUCCAAAGGCAAAGGAUGCCCCGAAGCGGCGUAGGGAAACGAGCCAACAACUCCGCGCUCGAGCUCUGUCUUCCGCUUCCUCCGCCUCGUCUAGAUCUAAGGGUCCAUCGGCAGAUGCGUCGCCCAUCCAGCUGCAGAGCGGGUCGUCGGUCGAAAGCAACUCCAAACUGGCGGUGCAUGAUCUGCAACCCGCGGUCAGCGACGCGUCCCUGGCGAGUUCCUCAACUGGGACGACGGUCAUGACUUCAUUCGAUUCCUUCGCAUGUUUUCUUUGA